AUGACGCCAGAGAUAGAUACCAGACAUUCAAGCAGCGACGAAGUUAAAGUCGAACAAACUAAUAUUGAGCAUUCUUCAGAAGCAUCUCACGAGAAAGAUGUCGAGGCUGGGAAUGCACCACUUGUCCGAGCUCUUGGGGAAAGACAUCUACAGAUGAUAGGAAUCGGAGGCUCAAUCGGGGCUGGUUUGUUCAUCGGGUCCGGAAAAGCAUUAAGCACCGGCGGCCCAGCUAGCUUGUUGCUAGGGUUUUCUGUUGUUGGUAUUAUGGUGGUGUGCAAUAUACAAGCCUUGGGCGAAUUAGCCGUAACCUACCCAGUGAAUGGCGCUUUCUACAUGUACUCAGUCCGCUUUAUUGACCCAGCAUGGGGGUUUGCGAUAGGAUGGCAGUACGCGAUAUCGUGGCUGAUAACUCUCCCGUUUGAAAUCACAUGUGCAGGGCUGACAAUCCAAUUCUGGACAUCAAACAUCAACAUUGGAGUCUGGGUUGCUGUUUUUCUUGGAACAUUGAUUGUGAUACAGUUUUUCGGCAUCAAAGGCUAUGGAGAAUCUGAAUUCAUCCUUGCACUUAUCAAAGUCAUAGCUUGCAUUGGAUUGAUUAUUCUCGGGAUUAUCAUCAAUGUCGGCGGUGUGCCAACGGACACUCGGGGUUACAUUGGUGGAAGAUAUUGGCAUGACCCAGGCGCUUUUCGGAAUGGGUUUAAAGGCUUUGUAUCUGUCCUGGUUGCCGCUGCAUUUGCGUAUGGAGGUGCUGAGAUGGCGCCAAGGGAGGCAACACAAAAGCCCAGUCCGUUUGUGCUCGCUGCCCAACUUGCAGGAAUCAAAGCGUUACCGUCGAUUAUAAACGCCGUUAUCACCCUUGCCGUUAUUAGCGUUGCAAAUACUUGCUCGUACGGCUCAACACGCACCUUGCAAGCCUUGGCAUCCACAGGCAAUGGGCCCAAGGCUUUUGCGUAUGUUGACAGCAAGGGACGGCCGGUGUGGUUCAGGCAAGCGUGGAAGCUACAGGGACGCAAUGAGGAAGAUAUUCCCUACCGCUCACCCCUUGGAGUUGCUGGAAGUGUGGUUGGGUUUGGCUUAGCCGCAAUCGCCAUCAUUGCGACCUUUUACCUUGCAAUAUUUCCGAUCAACCCGAAAUCGAGAGUCGAAUCCUUCUUCCAAACGUGCAUGGCCGCUCCAAUCGCUAUAGAUUGGAGUUUGGGUGUCGAUUUACGGCAUGUCGAUCUUGAUAAGGGUAGGCGCAUGGACACUUUUCCUGAUCCGGCGGAUAGUCCUGAGAUAUUGGAGAAAAGGAGCUCAUCCAUGAUGAGAAAGAUGUUUGCAAUAUUAUUCUAG